GUUACGUCCGAGCACGUUUUCCAGCUUCCACCUAUACACUUCUCUCUCGAUCGAACCACCUCCCAACCUACUCCUCCCUCCACUGCCCCUUCACCAUGGAAGUGGCCUCUAGGCAAACAGUGAGGCAGCUCCGGCCCUCCACAGCCGCAGCAACAGCCCGCCUACUCGCCCACCACCCAACCCAUCUCUCCAAAUCCGCCCUCCCAACCAUCAACCGCAUCCGCCGCCGAGACCUCUCCACGACCCGCCGCACCGCCGCGCCCGAGAACUCCCUCCUUAACUUCGGCACAGGCGGCCAGCUAGGCGCGGGCGGCGGUGGCGGCGGUGGGCCCCCAGCGACGUACUUCGCGAACCGCUCCGCGCUGCCCGUCAACACGGUCGUGCGGUUCGUGCCGCAGCAGACGGCGUGGAUCGUGGAGCGCAUGGGCAAGUUCCAUCGGAUUUUGCAACCGGGCUUGGCGAUCUUGAUCCCGUUUUUGGAUCGCAUUGCUUAUGUGAAGAGCUUGAAGGAGUCGGCGAUUGAGAUUCCGAGUCAGAAUGCCAUUACGGCGGAUAAUGUUACGUUGGAGUUGGAUGGGGUGCUUUAUACGAGGGUUUUUGAUGCGUUCAAGGCGAGUUACGGUGUGGAAGACGCGGAAUAUGCCAUCUCCCAGCUUGCCCAGACGACGAUGCGUUCCGAAAUUGGCCAGCUCACGCUCGACCACGUUCUCAAGGAGCGUGCCACCUUAAAUACGAACAUCACGCAGGCUAUCAACGAGGCGGCGCAGGAUUGGGGCGUGGUUUGUUUGCGGUACGAGAUCAGGGACAUCCACGCUCCCGAUGGCGUUGUCGCGGCCAUGCAUCGCCAGGUGACCGCCGAGCGGUCCAAGCGGGCGGAGAUCCUCGACUCCGAAGGCCAGCGCCAGAGUGCGAUCAACAUCGCCGAAGGCCGGAAGCAGUCUGUUAUCCUCGCUUCGGAGGCUAUGCGGGCGGAGCAGAUCAACCGCGCUGCUGGUGAGUCCGAGGCGAUCAUGUUGAGGGCGCAGGCUACGGCGCGAGGGAUCGAUGCCGUUGCGCGGUCUAUUGAAGAAGGUAAGGAGAAUGCCCACAGUGCUGUUAGUCUCAGCGUGGCGGAGAAGUACGUCGAUGCGUUCUCCAACCUGGCUAAGGAGGGCACUGCCGUCGUGGUCCCGGGCAACGUCGGUGAUCUGGGCGGAAUGAUCGCCAACGCGAUGGCCGUCUACGGCAAAGUCAGCGACACCCAGGCGCGCAGUAUCGCGGCCAAGACUCUUGGAGUGAAGGAGAAGUCGCAGCAGGGGGCCCAGGCCAACAAAUCCGAGAAGGACUCGGGACGCCGACCCGAGCCUGCGCUUGAAUCGGAGAUCGACGGGACAUCGGGGAGCCCUCGUGGGGUUGCGGACACUGUGUUGGAGGGCUUUGAGCAGACCAGUCACCCCAGACAGUAGCGGUGAGGCGGUUUGAUCUUGCAUUUGAAUUUCCGUUAUUUCCUUAUGAUACUCCUCGAAUCCUUCUUCUCUUCCUCCGCUCUUCGAUGGCUCCUUGAGAGCCGUCCUUGUGCCAUGCCACAUUGUAUCAGUAUCGAUCUUGAUUGUUUCUGGAGACUCUCCUUUGUUAUUUAUUGUCAUCCGUUCCUGGCGCCAAAUAUGGGGUAGAUUGAGUCGCGAAAAUCAGAGGAGCGAGCUGUGGUUGGACAUGUUGCAUAGGCUCAAUUCCUUGAUUGCGC